AUGUACCGACAAAUUGCUCUCAAUGGACAAGAUCGAGCAUUUUACCAAAUUUUGUGGAGAGACAGACCAGAUGAAGAGAUAAAGACUUAUGAACUCUGUACUGUGACGUAUGGUACGGCCUCAGCAUCUUUUUUGGCUACAAGAGCGCUUUUGUACUUAGCAGAGGAAGAGGGUGAUAAAUUUCCAGUAGGAGCAUCAACAAUCAAAACAGAAUUUUAUGUCGAUGAUAUUUUCACUGGGGCUAGCACGUUAGAGGAGCUCAAAUGUAUCAAAAGAGAAUUAAGGGGAAUAUUGCAACGUGGUGGAUUAACGCUAAAAAAAUGGUGUUCUAAUAAUAAUAGCUUGCUACAAGAUAUACCACAUGAAGAAAAGGAACAAUUUUUUCAACUUAAAAACAAUGAUGUCAUCAAGACACUCGGUGUAGUGUGGGACCCAAAGGCUGAUACUUUUUUCUACAAGGUCAAUGCCGGUGAAAAUAAGCAUAUUACUAAACGCACUGUGUUAGCUGAUAUAGCACGUUUAUAUGACCCUUUAGGACUUAUAAAUCCUGUUACUGUAUUAGCUAAGAUUUUUUUACAAAGGCUUUGGAAGCUGAAUUUUAACUGGGAUGAAGCUCUUCCACAAUCACUGCAUCAGAUGUGCAUACAAUUUAGAAUGGAAUUAUCAAAUUUGGAUAAAAUAUCAAUUGAAAGACAGGCUAUGUGGGGCAACGUUGAUAAAGUAGAAUUCCACGCCUUUUCUUAA